CUUUAUAAUGUGGUGCAUUUGUUUAAUUAAAGAUCAUAAACUUGAAAACCGAAUGAAUGUUGAUAUAUACAACGAUAGUGAUAAGCAGUAGCAUUUGAUGAUCGGCAGCGCAAUGGAAAACACGGAGCGGCAUGUUGUCUUUGACUGUGACGUUGGAAACGAUGAUGCUUGGGCUCUGCAGCUGCUCUUGCGAGCUGAGGAAUACGUGCAAUCUAUAAAGGGGAAGAUACCCGAAGCAGUAGCACCACAGCGCUUUAAGGUGGUGGCUAUAACUUGUGUUCGGGGAAACUCUGAUGUGGACAACACAACGCUAAAUGCUUUGCGUGUACUGACCACAUUGAAACGACUGGAUAUACCUCUCUUUAAAGGCUGUCGCGAUGCUAUAAUUCCGCCCAACUGGAAACCAUACUGGGAUUUCCAUGGCAAGGACGGAUUAGGGGAUGCUGGUGACUAUCCGGAAGUAAAUGAAUCACUAAUUCCGGAGGAACAUGCUGUUAAUGCUAUGUAUCGCUUGGCCUGUCAGCAUGGCAAAUUGGACUUUAUACUGCUUGGCCCGCUGACAAACUUUGCCAUGUGCAUUAACCUCUACGGAGAUGCAUUUUUGGACAAAGUUGGAGAUGUCUAUAUGAUGGGUGGCAAUAUUUAUGGAAAAGGUAACGUCACCAAGAGUGCUGAAUACAAUUUUAUGAUGGAUCCCGAGGCGGCAUAUAUUGUAUUUGAGAAACUAAGAAAGCCAGCACUCCUGCUACCAUGGGAGCCAUGUAUUGAUGCCGACUUGGAUCUUGCCAUAGACUGGCGCUUCAACGUUUUGGGCGCCGUCGAAACGGAUUUUAUUAAGUUCAUGAACCAUUGCGAACGCAAGAUUUUCAAAGACUUUCAAAAGUGGCUAACCUGUGAUGCCCUCUUGGUUGCCGCUUUUCUAUUUCCAUCUGUUGUUAUUGCAGAGCAGCGAGAAUAUCACGCAACCGUCGAAACAUACGGAUUAAAUACUCGAGGUCAAGUGGUACUGGAUCAUAUGAAGGGCGAGGUCGUGGACGCCUUGCACGGCAAAGCAGCAAACGUACGUAUUAUUUAUAGCCUUAACCCAAAGCACUGGCGCACUAUUUACGGCUGGGCUGGUGGGUUACCAGGCGUAAGCAUUGAAGAAAUAUUCCAGCACUCUGAUAAGGCAUAGAGAGUACCAUAUACAAUGUCAUGAUAACGUGAUCUGCAAAAACAAAAUACAACAUUUUUGGUGUAUGCAAUUAUCUAGUGCCCUUAUGGCAAUUGAAACUAUCAACUACAGAUAUUCUUUAAUAAAUCAAAUUAAAAAGGCAGUAAAUAAUAGUAAUCAAAGCUGUUGCAAAUCCAAAAUAGAAUAAAUGUUAGGUCUUAUAAAUA